AUAGGUUCUUUUGUUGCUGUAGCUUUCUUUUGCAUUCAGCGCGCACACCGUCUUAAAAAACUCUCUCUCGUUCACCGCGUUCGCUGUCUUUACAUUCAUUCUGUGUAAUGUACAGCAAAAUCGUACAAUUCGAAUUGGUUCAUUAGUUUCUAUUUCUUUUCUUUUUUUUGUUGAUGUUGUUUUCACUGAUCUUCUAUUCUGUGCUCUUGUGCUCACUUCAAUAAAAACGAAUGAAAUGAGAGUGUUUUGUUUUUUGAAAAAAAGAAAUGUUAGAUUUUGUUGUUGGUGUUGCUUAUCAGUGCUUUGACGAGUGUGCUUUAUACGGUCGACAUUUGGUUCUAUUUCGUUUGUGAUAACACAAAAAUUUCUACUUCUGGCUUCAGCCUUCCUGUUUCAUAUUUUUUAUAUACAGUAUCGAACUUUGUCACUAAUUUGUCAUUUAUAGUUUCAUAUUGCAUAUAGAUGUUGUUCGUGUAAUUUUGUUUUAUCUUCUCUUUAAAUGGUUUUAAAUGCCAUUCAUCUUUUUUUUGUAUUUGAUUUGCUACGUAUAUUUGGUGAAGUAGAUACGUUUUGAUAUUCUCCGAACGGAACGGCGAUACACACACACAGAUAUAAAACAAAUAAAUUUCAUUUGAAAAGCGAAACGAAUAGAAUGAUAAAAAAGUGUUUGAGAUUCACGUUGUGUUGAGUGUUGUAUCAAGAAGUGUUGUGUUAUUUCGUGUGUUUUGCGUUGGGUGCACGAGACGGAUUUUUUUUUGCUGCUUAUAAGUGUUUCAUCCAAAUGAUUAAAACCAACAUCGUGUCGUAUCGCAUUCACACCGAAGAUUAUAACAACAAAAAUAAUCAGCAUUAUAAAUAAUACCGGUACACAGUGUAAACGUUGAACGGAAAGGGUGUGCAGUGAAUUAUGUACCUCAGCACUUAGUCAAAAUCGAUUAUUGUGAUAAUGAAUAUAAAACAAAAUACAAUCAAUACGCGAGAUAGAGAGAAAAGAUUGAUUUAAUGUGUGCGUGCGUAAAGUGCAUUCCUUUAAAAUCCCGUGAUAGUCUCAAAUUGAUUAAAAAUUCGAAAAUUUCCAAGUUCUUAUUUUGUCAAUGCGUCAGUUUCGGUUGUUUCUUAAUUUAUCGAGGCGUUAAAGAGAAAUAAAAAAUAAAUUCCAUAUAUAUAUAUAUACAUUAGUUCGUACAGUAAAAUUAUCAAAUGAUAAAUGUAAUGGCCGAAAAUGGUGACACCGAUGUUUGUAGUUAUACUGGAAAAUCAAAUUCAUCAAGCGCCAUCAACAGUCCAAAACAAAUAGAUUUAGCAUCAAAAUCGAAUCAACAUCACCAUCACCAUCAUCACCAUCACCAUCAGCAACUGCAAAGUAGACAGCAACAGCAUCUUGAUGCUGAACAUAUCAACAAUGCUAUUUCAAUUACAUCCGAUAAGGAUGAUUCGCUUUGUCUCUUGGCACCAAACCCGUCGAAAGGCUCUUUGCAUCGGAACGACGCUCAAAACAAAAAGGAAAAACGGCAAUUAAUUAUUGCGACAACGUUGUGCUUCUUUUUUAUGUUUGCUGAAAUUGUGGGCGGUUACUUGGCAGGAAGUUUGGCAAUAAUGUCUGAUGCUGCACAUUUGUUAUCCGAUUGCAUAAGCUUUAUUGUCGCAUUAUUGGCCAUUAUUUGGGCAAAAAAAUCACCCAAUAAUUACAUGACAUUUGGUUAUAAGCGUGUUGAGGUUUUGGGUGCAAUUAUAUCAAUAUUCGGUAUCUGGUUGCUGACAACAUUCCUAUUUUAUUUUGCUGUAAAUCGUUUGAUGUACCAAGAUUUUGAUAUUGAUGCUGACACUAUGAUGAUUGUAUCAGCCGUUGGAAUCCUAAUAAAUGUCAUAAUGGCUUUAAUAUUGCAUGGAGAAGGAUUGUGUUGUUUUAAAAAUGUUCGCCAUCAUCAUCGUCACAAUUGCCAUUCACAUUCACCAAAGCAUGAUCAAACUUAUCACAAUAAUAAUAAAAUGAAAUUUGAAUAUCGACCGUUGAUCGAUGAAGCGACCGAAAAACGUUCCAGUGCCAAUAAUAAAAAUGUAUGGAGUCCGAUGCUAGGUUCGAAACGUGCAUCAACAACAACAUUGACAAGUGACAGCAUAUGCUCGUCCCGUUCACCAAAUCACAGCCGAUCAAAUUCAUUGAAUCGAUCGCAUCCGUAUUCAAAUGGUCAUCGAAUCGGAAGUGAUAUGAUUCGACGCAGUAGCCAUACCAUAUCAACGUCAACCUCAAAUAAAAUCAAAGAUGUUAUUGAUUUACAGAGUAACAAUGAUUGUCUGGAUAAUGUGCCAAUCGAUGAUAAAUUACCAAUAAAUUGUACGGACGAUGUUGUGAUUAGCGGUGGUGGUUGUGUUUCGAAUGGUUCUGCAAUUUGUCCAAUUCAUCAUUAUGUGCAUCGUGAUAGUUCGGAGCAUACGCCAAUUACGAGCAGUGACAGUGAAGAUUUACACGAACAUCAUCAACAUCGUUCCAGUUUGGUUAAUCAUUUGCACGGCAAUCAUUCGUGUCACUCACAUGAUUUUUCCACGAAAAAUAUUAACAUUCAGGCGGCUGUGAUUCACGUGAUAGGCGAUUUCAUACAAAGUAUUGGCGUUUUUAUAUCAGCAAUUAUCAUAAAGAAUUAUCCAAAUGCUAAAAUAGCGGACCCACUGUGUACCUUUGUAUUUUCAAUUAUCGUUAUGGUUACGACAUUCAGCAUCAUGAAAGAUUCGAUUGGAAUCAUUUUGGAAGCUGUACCCACCACCAUCAACACUGAACGGCUCAAGGAUGAUUUGAAGUGCAUUGAAGGCGUUAGAUCAAUCCAUAGCUUGAAUAUAUGGAGUCUAACAGUUGGUUGGCAUGUGAUGUCUGUGCAUAUAAUUAUUGAUUCAUUUGUGAAGUCAUCGGACGUACUGUAUAUUGCGACGACGAUUGCACAAAAAGGAUAUAAUGUCAAACAGUGUACGAUACAAAUUGAAAAAUAUCACGAGAGCGAGAGUAUUGAAGCCAAUGGGCUUGGUAUCAUAAAUCAAAGAUCAAUUGUUUCCGAUAGCGAGAACUCAAUUAUCAAUAUUUUAUCGUAGAGAGAAAAAAAGUCGUGAUUUUUCCUUUCUGCAUAAUUAUUAUUAUUUUUAAGCGAUUGUGGUCAAAACUCGAAAAUUUGAAAUUAAUAAAUUCGAUAGACAGAUGUAAAAUGUGCAUCUCGAUUUGUGAAUGUGACGUCAAAAUAGUAAAGUCGAUCGAUCAAUUACAAAAAAAAAAAAAAAAUUAAAAU